GAAAAGAGAGAGAGAGAGAGGGAGAAACGAUCGCGCGGUCUCGCGCUCACUCAUCAAUCGGCAAUUUCGCAAUCGUUAAUUGCCGACGCGCAAAUAAUCAUCCUAUUGUCCGUCCGUGGAGAACUUCCGGCUCCGCGACGUCUCGCGAACGCGGUGUCAGUGUCGCGUUGACUCUCGUCGAUGAUCCAUCGGUGAUCGAUACGCAUCGUAGAUCGUCCGCGUGGUGAACGUUAUCCGCGAGUUAGUGAAUUGGUGAAUUGUCUCUCGUGUGCUCUGAUAAUUGCCGCAAGGACGAUGCUGACGUUCCUGUUCGCCGCGGCGCUCGUCGUCGCGACGCCGAGAAUCCACGCCAGUCAUGUGACCAUGGACGCUAAGAUACGCGACGACUCCGAUCUUUCUCAGUUUUAUCAGCUCCUGGAAGCCAGUCAAGUGGCCAAUACGACUCUCACAUAUCGCCACGUGACUGUGUUUGCGCCGACUAAUCGAGCAUUCCAGAAAUACAAUGGAAGCACGAAGAAUCUGGUUUUGUAUCAUAUGUCGAACCGGCCUCUAACGAUCGAAGAGCUGAGGGACUCGAUAUCUUCCGAACUGGAGGGCAAUCCACCCCUAUGGAUCACUAGAACACCAGGAAAGUACACCGCGGACGUGUACAUUAAUAACGCAAAGAUUCUCUUGGAACAGAGCAACUUCCAAUCCAAAUUGAAAGUCAACGGCGACACCAUGAUUCAGAGACAAUCUCAGCAGACAUCCUUUCUGUUACAGCCAGAACCGAGGCCGCAGAAGAUUGAUAAGCAGGUGAUCGACGGGCACGUUCUACCCAAUGAAGUCCUAUUUACUGCACCGACGCCCGACAAUACGGAGUAUAAAACUCUUGUAUUUUCCGACAAUCUGAAAGUCACUGUCAGUUUCCUGAAAGCACAUAAUAAAGUCUACGUCCAAUCGAACACGUUAAUGGGCGAUUCGAAUCAUCCAACCGGAGUGGUGCUGGCAGAGAUAGUGAAGGCGAACAUCCCGGUGCGCAACGGUGUCGUUCAUCUGAUACAACGACCGCUUAUGGUGGUCGACACUACCGUGAGGGAUUUUCUCGAGAGACAAUCUCAGCAGACAUCCUUUCUGUUACAGCCAGAACCGAGGCCGCAGAAGAUUGAUAAGCAGGUGAUCGACGGGCACGUUCUACCCAAUGAAGUCCUAUUUACUGCACCGACGCCCGACAAUACGGAGUAUAAAACUCUUGUAUUUUCCGACAAUCUGAAAGUCACUGUCAGUUUCCUGAAAGCACAUAAUAAAGGUAAUAAUGAUCGCUCGAACACUCUUUGA